AUGGAGCAGAGGAGCGUGGAAGUGUUACGGUUAACUGCCGGAGAAACCACUGCCUUGGUCCCAGGGGUUAACCUGAUCUGUAAGGAAAGAGGCAACUUUAUAAUUUACAAGGAUCCAGCGAACACCAAAGAACCGUACAAGGCUUGUCGCAACAUCUGCAAGCAUCAAGGCGGCACGUUUGUGAGAGAUGUGGAAGAUUCCACCUGUAGUAUUCUGCGAUGCACCAAGCACGGCUGGAAGCUGGACCCCUCCAGCAUGAAGUAUGUCAACCCCCCGGACAGCUUCAGACAGGACAAGUUAGUUCCAGAGUUAGACGAAGAUGGGGGAUUAGCCUUGGUGGAGCUGAUUCCGCCUAAGCCGUGGGACAACGACGCAAGGCGCCCGCAGACCAUCCGACUCGGAGAAGUGCAGUUGACGUUUUUCGCGCAUGCGUGUAUGGAGCUGAAGCUGGGAGACAAGACGAUGUUUUUCGACCCGUGGCUGACCGGACCCGCCUUCGCCAGGGGGUGGUGGCUGCUGCACGAACCGCCCGCUGAUUGGCUGGAGAGGCUGUCACGUGCUGACCUCAUUUACAUAAGUCACGUACACUCGGACCAUCUCAG